AUGACAUCCACAUCCACGUCCCCGUGUGUGGUGCAGCAAAACUCGCACGAUGCUACGAACCACAUUAUGCUCGAGGCGAUGCCGCCGAGCCAACACUCGACCGAAGACUCGGCGUCAAAUGAGUCCCCCGAUGGAUUCGCUGCACGGGAGAAAUGGAAUACCCCCCGCAUCAACGUCUAUCGCUCUUUCGCAACAUUCUGGAGCUUUCUGGUAAUGGGCAGUAAUGAUGCAGCAUUCGGUGCUUUAAUUCCAUAUCUCGAGACAUACUACAACCUCUCCUACACCAUAGUGUCUCUAAUCUUCCUCUCCCCACUAGUCGGCUACACCCUCGCAGCAUUCCUCAACCACCGCAUCCACAACACCCUCGGUCAGCGCGGAGUAGCGCUCCUCGGGCCUGGGUGCCAUCUCAUCGCCUACGUGGUGAAUUGCCUGCACCCACCAUACCCGGUCCUCGUAGUCUCGUUCAUCUUUGCAGGAUUCGGAAACGGACUGGAAGAUGCGGCGUGGAAUGCCUGGAUCGGGAAUAUGGCUAAUGCGAAUGAAUUGUUGGGACUGCUGCACGGUGUGUACGGGUUAGGUGCUGUGUUGGCGCCGCUGAUUGCGACUUCGAUGAUUGCUCGGGCCCAGAUGCCGUGGUUCAAUUUUUACUAUGUGAUGGUCGGAUGUGCCAUCAUCGAGCUUGCAACCUGCAGCGCAUGCUUUUGGAAAGCUACCGGUGCCGUCUUCCGGGCCGCGAAUUCCCAUUCGAUCGAAGAGAAUAAAAAGGGAGGGCUUCGGGAUGCGCUUUUCAAACGGCCGUCUGCUCGUGUGACCUGGCUAUGCUCGCUUUUCCUGCUGGGUUAUGUCGGCUGCGAAGUCGCUCUAGGAGGGUGGAUCGUCACCUUCAUGAUCCGCGUUAGGCACGGUGGAGCGUUCGCCAGUGGUAUGACAGCGACUGGCUUCUGGUUGGGAAUCACAGUUGGUCGUAUUAUCUUGGGCUUCGUCACGCCCCGGGUAGGCGAAAAAGUGGCGAUCGCGGGAUAUAUUCUGUUGUCGAUGGCAUGCGGACUGAUCUUGUGGCUCGUACCUCAAUUCUACGCGUCCGCCGUGGCAGUCUCACUGCAGGGCUUCUUCCUGGGUCCUCUAUUCCCAGGCGCAGUGGUGAUGGUCACGAAGCUUCUCCCUCGACACCUGCAUGUUAGUUCCAUCGGGUUCUGCGCGGCCUUUGGCGGUUCUGGAGCCGCCAUUCUCCCCUUCGCCGUGGGAGCACUAGCCCAAGCCAAAGGUGUGCAAGUGUUGCAACCGUUCAUCAUUGCCAUGUCGGGUGCUAUCUUCAUCGCGUGGCUGGGACUGCCGCGCGUGUCCAAGGUGCAGCGUAGCGAGUAG